CUCAAGCAGACGAAGAAAUAUCGUUUACCGAUCGUCCCACUCCUCGAGCCAGCCGACAACCCUCAAUCAUGUCUCUUACGAACGCAUCUCCAGAGCAAGCUGCUCGUGCUGCAAAGAUUUCCUCCCGCACACUCGGCAUUCUGUCUGAAGAUGCCAGGAAUCAUGCUCUGGAUGCGAUACAUGAUGCGUUAGCGGCAGCACGAAAUGACAUUCUGGCCGCCAACGCAGUAGAUCUCGAGAAAGCGAAACAAUCGACCGCUAAUGGAGAGUUGAACCCCAGCAUAUUCAAGAGACUCGAUCUUUCUCGAAAGGGCAAGUUCGACGACAUGCUGCAAGGUAUAAAGGAUGUGCGAGGACUUCCAGAUCCAGUCGGCAGGGUGGACCUACGAACCGAGCUCGACGAUGGACUUAUUCUCCAGCGUCAGACAUGUCCAAUCGGGGUGCUUCUGAUCAUUUUCGAGGCCAGACCUGAAGUUAUUGCCAAUAUUGCCUCUCUCGCCAUCAAGUCUGCAAACGCAGCCAUCUUGAAAGGUGGUAAAGAGUCUACGGAGUCCUUCAAGAUCAUUGCCUCGACCAUUGGCAAAGCUCUCGAGGCUACAGAAGUACCCAAUGAUUCGAUUCAGCUCGUUGCAACUCGCGAUGCAAUCGAUAGCCUCCUUACUCUCAGCCAAUAUAUCGAUCUUGUGAUCCCACGAGGCUCGAAUGAACUUGUUCGACACUGCCAGACGAAGGCGCACAUGCCAGUGCUCGGACAUGCUGAUGGUCUUUGCGCGUUGUACCUUCAUCCGGAUGCCGACACACAGAUGGCUGUCGAUGUCAUCGUGGACUCCAAGACGGACUACCCUGCUGCUUGUAAUGCUUUAGAGACGUUACUGGUCCAUGAGGAUACCCUGUCGACGCUUCUCCCUGCCGUGGCGAAAGCUCUGAUGGCGAAAGGCGUGAGUCUUCGGUGCGACGCUGCUUCCAAAAAGGCUCUAUCUUCUGCUUUGGGCCCAGAUUCUGCGAAGCUUGAAGAUGCAACAGAAGCAGACUACCAAACAGAAUUCCUUGACCUGAUUCUUGCCAUCAAAACCAUCAAAGCGACCCCAGAGAACCCAUCACAAGCAGUCGACGAAGCCAUCGAACACAUCAACACGUUCGGCUCGCAUCAUACAGACGCAGUAGUGACAGCUUCCAAAGAAGUAGCCGAUCGCUUCUGCAACGGCGUAGAUGCCGCUUGCAAGUAUUGGAAUGCCUCCACGCGCUUCAGCGAUGGCAUGAGAUUUGGAUUUGGAACAGAAGUGGGCAUCAGCACCAACAAAGUGCACGCCCGAGGACCUGUCGGGCUCGAAGGACUGAUGAUUCACGAAUACCGUAUCGCAGGAAACGGCCAGACGGCGGCCAUGUAUGGAUCUGGUGGAAAGAAGUUCAAGCACAUGAAAUUGCCGCUGUAAUAGAACAAGAUGCUAAAUCGAAGACCCGAGAACUCUAUAUCUUCACACAGCGUGCUUAAGAUGUGUCAUAUAAUCACGAUACCUCUCAAAAGCAGUUUC